AUGCCGUUUCCGCACACUCGACCAAUGUCCUCAUAUUGGCUGUCGAGGCACAAUUUGACGACCAGUCCGGGGGACGACUUUUCAGGCCACCGCAGUACUCCCGAGUUACCUCGAGAAGUCGACGUUGCCAUUAUCGGAUCAGGGUUCUCCGGAACGGCGGUGGCUUGGUAUCUUGUCAAUGACGACGAUGAGUCUUCUGGUGGUGGGCCUACUACCACCACUCCUCCGUCUGUAUUGAUGCUCGAGGCUCGUCAAGCUUGCUCGGGGGCGACAGGUCGUAACGGUGGCCACGUCAAGCCGGAUUUGUAUUUCAACGCUCCGCUGUACUCGGAGAAGCACGGUCGCCGGGUCGCCGAAGAAUUGACCCGAUUCGAAAUGCGACAGGUCUUUGACCUCAAGAGGUUGAUCGAACGGGAAAACAUCGAUUGUGAUUUCGAACUGACAAGGGCCAUCGAUGUGUACACGGACGAACGUGUGGCCGGGCCCGUGGUGGAAGGUUACAAGAGGAUGAAGAGUGAAGGGUACGAAUUUCCCGACGACUUGCACUUUGUACCUGGUGAUGGAGGAAAGGCCGAGCAGGUCUCCGGAGUCAAAGGUGCAUUAUGUGCAUUUAGUUCCACGGCAGCUUCAGUGUGGCCCUUUAAGAUGGUCAUGGGUUUACUGAAAAGGGUACUCGCCAAAGGUGUGAAUCUACAAACAGAUACCACCGUCGAGUCGAUCGAAAAGGACGGGGAUGACAGGUGGAUUCUACGUACGGAAAGGGGGACUGUCAAGGCAAAGAAGGUCGUCGUCACGACCAACGCCUACACCCCUGCACUGUUACCGGAGUUUCAGGGCAAAAUCACCCCGGCGAGAGGUGUAGCGUGUAGGAUCGCAGUUCCAGAGUCGGAGUCUGGUCCGGAUCGUGCCGGGGGAAACACCCUGGCACGAGUACCGUCAACAGCACCACAUCUGAACAACACGUACUCGAUCCGUUUCGGUCCUCAAGAGUACGAUUACCUCGUCGCGCGUACGGACGGGAGUAUCGUCGUCGGAGGUGCAAAGCAAAAGGUGCUCUUGGACGAUUCGUACUGGAGGGACAACACUGACGACUCGGCCAUGAUCCCCGGCGCCGAAGAGUAUUUCGAAGGUUACAUGCAGAGGACUUUCCACGGUUGGGAGGACACGAAAGCUCGAGUCACGGACAUCUGGACCGGGGUCAUGGGUUACUCUGCCGACCUGAUGCCUUGGGUAGGGGCCGUUCCAGGACGUCAAGGUGUUUUUGUGUCUGCGGGAUUCACGGGUCACGGGAUGCCUAGGAUCUUGGGUUGUGCAGAGGCUCUGGCUGGACUUGUGUCAGGCAAGGCGAAAGGAAUGCAAGAGACCGGUGUGCCGAAGCCUUAUUGGGUUACUGAACAUCGGCUGAGUGAGACCAGAGAUAUCAGUAGAGAAUAUAUGGCCGGUGGGAGACCGAAGGAGAGUAAGCUGUGAUAUAAGAUGUGCUGUUUGAGGUGAGAGAGUGAGAGACAGAGUGAGGUGAUUGAUAUAUCCACUGUGUAAACAGGUGACUCUGCUCGCGGCAGACCUUAUAUUGUCAGUGAUAUAGCUAGUUUGAGGAAAUGAGGGAGCCUUUAACAUACAAGCAAACGAGUCACUUAGCUACUUGACUCUGUUACCAGUAUGUUCGCCACUUCCCG